AGUCUCACUUUACAGCAGCAAAGGCCCAGCUCGGUUGUAUCUCAUCUGCUCUACUGUCUCUAUCUAUCUGCUCCGUUGUCUGUAACGAUUUAGUAGUCGUAUGUUGUGAGGUCACCGAACUACAAAGGUUCGAAAAAAAAUAGUUGCCUUGCUCUUCAUCUUGUUAUGAUCUCAAUGAUGUACGUGAGAAACUACAAGAUCUAUUGCGUG